AUGGAUCCAUCCGAAGCUAAGGCGCGAGUGGAGGAAGCGGUUGAGUUUGUGAAGCGCCACAAAAUCGUGGCCAUUCUGCGAGCUGCCAAUCCGGAGGCAGCAGUUGCACGCGCCCUGGAGCUUGCCGAGCUGGGAUGUCGUCUCAUUGAGAUUACGCUGGACACUACUGACUUUGAGAAGGUGGUGAGAGAGCUGUCAGAGAAGCUACCCAGCUCAUGCAUGCUCGGUGUCGGCACGGUCAUGGAGGCCGACAAGGUCAACGAGCUGGUUGCCAUGGGACUGAACUUCCGCUUCUGCCUGUCGCCCAUCAACCCGGAGGGCUUUGUGGCGCGCUGCCAUGCCAACGGCAUCAUGGCCGUUCCGGCGGCGUUCACGUCCAACGAGAUGUGGAAGGCGCAUCACACCGAGGGGGCGCGCAUGAUCAAGCUGUUCCACGCCAGUCUGAUUCCGCCGGCAACGCUGAAGGGCAUGCUGGGGGUCGGCCCGCUGGGUGCAAUGAAUAUCAUGCCGUCCGGUGGUAUUGAUGCUGAUGCUGCUCCAGCAUGGUUGGCUGCAGGUGCGGCCAGUCUCGGCAUGGGCAGCAAGUUUGCCGGCAAAGACAUCCAGCUGGUCGAGGGUGAUCCCGGCCUUGAAGCGGCGAAGCAGGAGUGGGCGCAGAAUGGCCGAGGAGCGGUGAAGAGGCUCAUGGAUAGUUUGAAAACCCAGUAA